AGUCCCGUGGCAAAUACCACCACGCGUGGUGGUGACUACUGGCUAAACUUCGAGUCGAGGUUUUAUUUGUUCGAAACGAGACGGCUAAAGUUUCGGAGGAAUCGAUUCGUAAAAAGAACUCUCUCGGAGCUACGGUAGGAAGACGUGAAACGACGAUAUGGAGUCACCUAUUUUCGUUAUCAGUGCGAUUCUCCUCAUUUGGACGACGGCCGCCUCCGCAGAGGAAUUCGAGGACAACUUCGCCAAAUGCCGAGUGGGUCAGGCGGGCUUCGAUGUCUGCGUCAGGGAGGGAUUGAACGCUAUACGGCCGUACUUCAAAACUGGACUUCCCAAGUACAAUAUAGAUCCCUUCGACCCGUUUUUCGCUAGAAAAAUUUCGGCGACCAGAGGCAACCAGUUGCUCGGAUUCAGCCUCACCCUGAAAAAUGUCACCGAGACCGGAUGGACCGCCAGCAAAGUAACGAAAUUCGUCAGCGAUCUCUCUAAUUACAGGGUCCAGUACACGCAGAGUUUUCCCGAAAAGGCUCUAGCCGGAGAUUACGAAUUCACCGCCCAAGUUUUCGGAAUGAAAAUAGCCAACAAGGGAACGUUCACGUUGACUUUAUACGAUCUCGUGCAGACGACAACGACCUCGAGGAUGCCGGGUGCCAAGUUGAAGACGAACGUGGACGUCCAGACGAUAAGUAACCUCGACCUCCACAUCACGAAUCUCGUGCAAGGACGGAGAUUGAUCGAGGGUGUCCUCGACAGGAUUAUAAACACCAUGUGGCAGCCGGGUUUCGUGGUGAUGAGGAGCUUGAUAAACGAACUGGUAUCCACGGCUUUUACGGAAAUAUUCGGCAAGGCCUUCCAAAAGUUUCCGUUCGAAAAACUUUUCAAAACGAAUUCGAACGACUUUUGAUAUAUCGGUAAAAUUUCAAAUAUCCCCCCCAUAUUCCAUGUUUCAUAGUGUACAUUAUCUGUAAAUAACACGUGUACCUGCGCUUGUAAAUACAUGUUUUCAAAAAACUACAACAAACGAAGUACGCAGUUCCGUGACCGCGCCGAUGCGGGUAACGAAAAUUUUUUCAAUUUUUCCGUCUUACGUUUUUCAAGUCCGAAAAUAACGGAUAUAAAAAUUCACCGGACGAUCCGGCGGGUGUAACGCGAUCACGUUUUACAUACGAUUCGCUUCGAUGUGCGUCAUUCGAGCAUGACGGGAAUGAAAUUUCGCCGAAUAAACUACUUGUCAGUUAGUCGAGGUGGAGACCACUCGUUGAGAUAAAAAGAAUUAUUAGCAUCCCGGUAUCCCUGGGACGUGCCCAACUUAUAUUACAUUCGCGAGGGGUUGAGCUGCGCGGUUUACGCUCGGCGGUUUUAUACGUAUAACGUACGACGGAUAAUAUCACGGCCGUAGUUCCUAAAAAUGUCCCGUUUUUGCCUCUGGAUAUCAAAAAACAUGGCCGCCUCCCGUCUCGUUUCUUACGUCAGGACGUCGUCUGCCUCGGGGCGUAAUUCCCUGUUCUCCUGACUACGGGAUCGUUGACCCUGCAUUCUUACACUCGACCGACACUUGACCGUCGCCGUGCGUAUACAGGGUGUCAAAAAUGACCACCGAGAAGAUUCCCCAAUUUUCACCGUUCGAACGAAAUAUUUCAAAGGGAAUACGCCGAAUUCCGAGUACCGAUGCGUCGACGGGUUAGCGACGUUUUGUGCGAAUUUUCGCAAAUAUCGCCGGAAUUUUUUUUUCUCUCUUUCUACUUUUUUUUUUUUUUUUUCAAACCUGGAACAAUAAUCCCCCCGAUUGUCAACCGUAUGGACACGGUUGUUGUUCGACGAAAGAUUUACGACGUUAUUUUUAGACGGAAAAUUUUCAUUCCGCCAAUAACGCCCCGUGCAACAGCGAAACGUAUAAUUUGUCAUCGCUUACAGCGUGGAUUUGAUAUGCCGGAUCGGUCGUCGUCGUUGCUAAAAAUUCAUGAAAUCCUUCGUCUUAUUAUCCCGAUGCGGAUAUGUGCGGACUUUGCGAGUAACUGCGUGAAAACGGAAUGAAACAAUCUUACGAUAUUGUCCACGGCCCGCGAAAAGUAAGGGUGAAAAUUGUUCCGUUUCACUGGCGAUAAUUCGAUGACAAAAAUAAUAAGAGAUAAGAGAAAAUGAAUAACGAAUAGGCGGUCAAGUUCCCCGGCGAAUAUGAUAUGAUAAAUGUAUCUGGAACGUUGAGGAGUUAACGAUUUCGUAACAAGGAGGAAAUAAUAACGGGUAAUUACGUGUGAGGCGAAUAUUGAAAACGUUCUAAUGACGUCUCGAUUAUACUUUUAAAAAACUUUUUUUAAAUCGAUUCAUUCAACGUGACGUAUAUACCGGAUUGGCACACGGAGUCGUUAUGGAAAUUAUAUUAGAAGUUAUGAACGCGUAAUCGGUUGCAUGUCGAGUGUGUAGCCGGGAAUCGAAUCGCAAAUCAAAUGUACAGAACGAACGGCCGACUCGCCAAUAUUUGCUCCCCCUGCCGGGGAACGGACUCCAUUUUUUUUUUUUUUUUUUUUUUUUCUAUAUACAGCAGCCCAGUUUCGGGGUUGCGCUACGGGACGUCGAUCAUAUUCAAAACCCGGUGGAGAUUUGUAGAUUCGUUGCGCGCCGCGGCCGAAGUCCUCGUCCCGUUUAAAAUUUCCGAGUCGUUACCGAGUCUGUAGGGGGUAACGGGGACACUCGAGUUUGUCGUACGUACGAUCGCGUCGUACGGUAACAUUACAGCGCUGUUUAAUAAUUGAGUUGCGGUCUGUGACGUCUGAACCUAACUCAUACACUAUUAUACCGGGGCGAGCGCUUUCUUCUGCUAUCCCUUACCAAUUUUUAUUGCUCAUUAUGAACAAACUCACGGAUUAUAUUCCAUUGUCGUUGUUCUCCCUCUAGCGUCAACGGGGAUUAAAAAUCUCAGCGAGUACGUUCUCGCUGCCGAGGUUUUACGCGCGUAGGCGGUUACUACGUGCCACCACGAGUCCUUCGAGUCUACGGGGAUCCGAAGAUCCUUCGCGGUAAAAUCGCGAGGGCUCGUAAUCGCUGUCGUUUAUUUUUCUGUCGCUAGCCUAUUUUGCGCGACCGGUUUUUUGCCCUCGCCUCUCCGGAUUUCUGUUUUUUGAAAAUUUGUUGCGCGUCAGCGUUCGUCACCCGCGGAUCGAGAUUUCCCGCAGCCGGAACCGCAUCGGCUAAUCCGAUCCGGAGGAUUCGGAACAAGAA